UCAGGAACGGGAAAGGAGCACUGUCGCCAGGUCCCCUGGCCCAGUUCGCCUGUGAGCAGCUUGCUGGGGUGGUCUUCCGAAGGGGGGAAUGGCAGACUUCUGACGCCUUUCUGUUCUACGGCUCUCAUCAGCGAUCUUGCAUGCAUCACCUGCUCUCCUCGCGUUCUUCAUCCGCUCGUUCUCCGUUGCUUCUUUCGUUGGUUUCCUCAGUCGUCAACCCGUUCUUCCGUCCUGCGUCGUCCAAACUCCUUAUUUCCGGUCGUCGAUCUGCUUUUGAGUCGACUCGAAAGCAAUCUCCUCGGUCGUCAACCCGUUCUCCCGUCCUGCGUCGUCCCAGCUCCUUAGUUCCGGACGUCGACCUUCCCUUCCACCUUCGAUUCCUUUCUCCAGAAUAUCGAUAGCAUUUGCUGCGGUAUAAGACGCAACACUUCGUACAAUAAGCAGCAGUUUCCGUGUAGAAGGCGAUACUCAUUAUAAGAAGCAGCAGUUUCUCUACAAGAGAGGAAGGCAGCACUUUGGCACAAAACUCAGAUCCGAGAUCCAACGAGGCAGAGCAGGCAACAUGGGUGUGCCGUGGAACAGAUUGAAGAAGCUCGCUCCCACGGCUAUGCUGCUGCUGCUCAUGCUACAAGUACCGCUCUUCAGCAUAACCAUAUCAAAUCGCACAGUAGAUACACCCAUAGCUGUCGUUAUCACGCAGCUCUGCCACCCCAUCUGGCUGCCACCUGUCCUCCUCUCCGCCGUCCUGUACCCCGGUGAGCUGGCGCGCCACGUUGGCACCGCCCUGCUGGACGGUGACGUGGCGGCGGCGCUGCGCCUGCCUGCGUGGCAGUCUGUCCUGGAGCAGUACGAGAAGCCGUUCGACGGACUGGAGGAUCCCACCGACCCCGGCCUGCCUUUGCUGCGACUAGAGCUUGUGGUGGGCAGCUACUUCGCAGUGGGUGGUGCUAUCGCUGCCAUGUUCAGAGCCGCCCGCAUGCCGCUCCUCGGCUUCCUGCUGCUGCUCUGGGGCCUCCUCCGCCCAGUCCUCCUCCCCCACACGUACCCCGACCCCUCCAAGGUGCAGCCGCCCUCCAUUCAGCCCCUUUUCUUCAUUGGUCUCCUGCUGUCGUUCCUCCUCCUGCCGACCGAUGGGGCCAGCUCGAAGAAAACGGUCAAGCCAGCCACUAUUAAGGUCGACACGGCUACUGCUAAGGCGGAGAAGAAGACAAACUGACUGAGGGGGGUUUCGAAGUGGCAGAGGCAUCGUUUAGAAUGUAGAGGAGUAGACGAGUAGGAUAGGGGAAGAGUGGUCAACAUAGGGCCUUCCUUCCUCCCCCACACGUACCCCGACCCCUCCAAGGUGCAGCCGCCUUCCAUCCAGCCCCUUUUCUUCAUCGGUCUCCUGCUGUCUUUCCUCCUCCUGCCGAGAGAUGGGGCCAGCUCGAAAAGGUCAAGCCAGCCACUGUUAAGGUCGACUCGGGUGCCGCAAAGGCGGAAAAGAAGACAAACUGACUGAGGGGGUGCUUUCAAGCAGUAGAAGCAGGUUUUCAAGGGGUAGGGGCGAAGAAAACGGUCACCCAGCCCACUGUUAGGGCAGACACAGGUGCAGUUAAGGUGGGAAGCAUUGGUUAGAAGGUAGAGGAGUAGAUGAGUGGAGGAGAAGAGCAAGAGUGGUCAAAAUGGGGCCUUCUUCCCCCUCACGUGCCCUGGCCCCUCCUAAGUGCAGCCUCCCUCCAUCGAGCCCACCCACCUUCGUCGAACUUGUUCUCACCUUCCUCUGCCUGCUUGGCAAGGGGUUUCUGAUCGGACAGAGUUCUCAAAAGCCUUUCUCUGCCUGCUUUGUGAGGGGGCAGUUUGAAGAAAACUGCAAAGUAGGCUCUAGGGGUGUUUGGGGCAGGAAAAACAUGGAAAGCAUCUGGUCUGGGAUGCAGCAUUUCCCCGACAAAGCAUUUCCCCAACCAACACACGCCCCAGCUUUGGUGGCUUAGGGGUAUCGGAUGUGUGUCGGCUGCUGGUUGGUUGGCCGUGUACCAUCUAGGAGAUGCUUUCGUUCCUCUGGUCAAGCCCAACACUCUACUUACCUAGUCUCUGAUGAUGGGCAAGAGGUGCCAAGACAAGACAAGAGGGGUGCGUUUACUACAGUUACCGUGGACAAGGCUAGUGGUAGUAUGGUAUUGAGGAAGAAGACUGGCCGAGUGUGAAUGAUUUUGAGCAGCUCUUUGAAGGAAGAAAUGGCAUGAUGAUGGCAUGAUGAUGUCAUGAUGAUGGCAUGAUGAUGGCAUGAUGAUGGCAUGAUCUUCACCAUGUCUGCACCGUUGUUCCACCUGACUUAAUACCCUCUAUUCUGCUUGCAAUUUGCAGUUCUUAAGUCCCUGGGCACUUGGCAAGUUGGACAGGAGAAUUCUUCCAGUAGAGACUAGACUGGACGAGACCUGAGGAGCAGCUCCUUCCCGUGCUUGUAAAAAUGAGCCAGGAUGUGCCGUGCUAG